AUGACCAAGAACGAUGCGAAAGGAGUAGUCCAAGGGGCAAAGCAGUUUUAUGAAAGCAUAUUCGACUGUCACAGAGAAAACAUUGAAAGUGAAAUACGAAAGUUUGUUAAAGAGUUUGAGGUAAACGAAAAAGAGGGUGUAGUAUGGGUUGGGACACAGAGAAAUGGACGGGAUUGGGAUAAUCUUAACCGAUGUGCAACACUUAUUCAAGAUGCACCUGACAGCUUUUCUGCCGGUAUCUCUGCAGCAAACAGGAAUAUGUACGGCAUGCUUGAAAAGCUGCAUGUCGCAAGACCUAUCUUUGAAUCACUCUUAACUGAAGUGACUUAUCUAAAACAACUGACAAACACGGCAGAGCCACUAGAGGAAGAUCGUAGCAAUGUCCUACGUGAAAUCAAUGCAGCACGUUUAAGACUUGAUGCUGAGGAUCUGAUAAAGAACGGUGUAACAAAGACCGAGGAUGCUGCGGAUGAGGAAAUCGACGAAGCUUGA